CCGGUUAAAGAUCUUCUUCAGUCGCUCAUUCAGAGCUGUGCUCGCCGUUCGCUUCCACUCCUUUCACUUUCUUGAACAAUAUCGAGCUGUGCUCUUAACUCUUAUUCUUUAAUCUUGUCUUGAGAAAUCGUUCCCUCCCAACAACCAGCAACAUGAAGCCCGUCACUUUCCUCUUCUCUGCUCUGGCCACCCUGGCUGCCGCUGCCCCUACAGCCCCCGUCACCGACCUCGAGGAGCGCUCCUUUGCCUUUGAUGUCAACGCCUUCCACGGCUUCAAGAGCUUCAGCCAGGUCAACCUGAAUUACCUGCUCAACAUCAACUCCCUCCAGCUCGGUCUCCUCGGCAACCUGGCGAGCGUCAACAACCUUAACAUCCUGCAAUUCCAGCCCCUUUUCCAGCAGCAGGUCUUCGACAUCUCGGCUCUGCUCCAGCUGCAGUCCCUGCACACCUUCCUGCAGAUCCACCAACUUGGCGUCCUCAGCGGUUUCGACCUCGCUAGCCUUCAGCUGCAGCACCUCAACCUCGGCCUCCUCAACAACGUUGGUGUUCUCGAUCUCCAGCAGUUCAUCUCCCCCAAUGUCGUUGGACAGGUCCAGACCGUGGCAUCCCAACCCUCGGUUUCCUUUGAUCCCAACCUGCUUGCUCCGGGCGUCAGUGUCGGCAACUCGAACGCCGCUGUCCCUGCUCCUAGCAGCGAUGGCGAGGGCUCGAACGUCGUCACUGCGGCCGAGCAGGAGGCUCAAGAGGGUCGCAGCUCUCUCGACUAAGAGAGCGCGCUUCUUGGGGGGAAUCAGAAAAGUCAACGACUUUCGAAAAAAAAAAAAAACACACUUUGGCGUUCGCUUGCAACUAGUCCGCCUCUGCAGCGGAAUACGUUCACACACUUCGGGAAUCGGAUGGCUAAUGUUGGGCUCUUUUCCGCCUUCAAGUGCUCGUCGCCAAGGAGUAAACGAUUUUGGGUGCU